AGACCGCAUCCCCGGGGCUCGGCUGUAGGAUGGUAGCUCACAGCAAGGUGUCAGCAGAUAACGCAGUUGCAGCAGACCCGAGAUGUCUCCUUGACCCUCCGGCACGGGAUCGCUCACAGGCUCGAGGCUACCAGGGCCCAGGCCGGCCCAGCACUCUGCAGGCACAGAGCAACACCCACUUCCGAACCUUCCGCUCGCAGGCGGAUUUCAGCAGCAUCACUCGAGCAAGCAGCCUGCUGGAUGCCUGUGGCUUCUACUGGGGACCUCUCACUGUCAGUGCUGCCCACGAGAAGCUGAAGUCUGAGCCCGAGGGCACCUUCCUCAUCAGGGACAGCACACAGAAGAAUUGCUUCUUUGCCAUCAGUGUUAAGACUGCGACUGGGCCCACCAGCAUCCGGAUAAACUUUCAGACUGGGCGUUUCAGCCUGGAUGGCAGCAAAGAGAGUUUUGACUGUCUGUUCAAGCUGCUGGAACAUUACCUAUGCUCCCCCAGGAAGGUCCUGGUUACCCCCCUGCGCAAGGUCCGCGUGCAGCCCCUGCAGGAGCUCUGCCGGAAGAACAUUGUGAAGGCUUUUGGAAGAGACAACUUAAACCAGAUUCCCCUCAAUCCUGUUUUAAAGGACUAUCUGAAAUCCUUCCCGUUUCAGAUAUAAGCAAAGCAUUAACUGUACAGGGAGAGGUGAGAGAUGCGUGAAGAAAUCCAGCUUCCUGGGUUUUUUAACAUGUUUGACAGUGAGCAAACUUAUUUUUGUAGCAAUUUACUGUAUUUUGGGAUGGAACUUGAACACUUGACUUCUUAUGUUUACAAAAACUGUUUGCACAAAUCUGGGGUUUUAAAACCCUGGCAUAAUUUUUCUGCUAAGCAGAAUAUUUUGCUAUUUUAUACUAUUUUUAAUUAUAGUAAUGUAAUAAACUUUAUUGUGAAAG